AUGGAUUCCGGGGAUGGCUCGGGCUCGGACGCGCCACUUGGAUCCACAUUCUCCUCGGUUCCCAAUUUAGACUCUGACACCAACGCCAAUAUCCGUAUCUAUGAGAACGGUGGAGAGCGGAAUGUCAACAACAUAGAAACUGCAGCGCUGAGAGGGGCAAGCGACCCGAGCGCGUACCCCUUAUCGGAUUACCGGGGGCUGGUCCGUCAAAGAUUUAUUCGCAGAAGUUUGUGGUUUUCGGACCCCGACGACCAAGCGUUGGAUGCGCCAGAAUGCGUCAACAGCACUCCAAUGCUGAGCGUCCACCUGCGCACCAUCGUGGACCGAACCCGCGCUCUCGGACCUCGUGUGGCUUUCCAGGUCCAGGAAAGCUCGAGCUCCGAGAGCCAAGUGGGGCAGAAGGACAGUGCGACUGAGAGUGUGAGCGUGGAUGAAGAGAAGGAGAGGAGCGAGGCCGAGCCAAAACCAGACGAUGCAGCUGCACCGUCGCCCGAUACUACCGGGAAAGCGGGGAUUGAUGAGAACGAAGAUGAGAACGAGAUAAAAGCCGUGUCCACCUCACCCGGGGGCCGGUUUCUCAAGUUCGAUACUGAGCUCGGGAGAGGGUCAUUCAAGACUGUCUACAAGGGUCUGGACACAGACACCUGGGUAGAAGUUGCUUGGUGUGAACUCCAGGUAAUAGAAUAACUCCAUUAUCAUUUCUAAUUGUUUGGAACUAGAAAAAUCCUCCUGAGUACAUUCAUAUCCAGAUGAUAAGUUCUUACACUGCAACAUGGACAACAUAACCAUUUUAUGAAGCUGUAAUAACAACCUACACUUAUGGCUGCCUAAAGUGCCCAUAUAGCCUUUUGCACUAAAUGUGGCGGUUGUUAGUGCAUUAAGUAUGCUGAAUUCCUCCCAGACUUUUUUUUGGUCAUGAAAUCAUAGUUUAUUAUGAGGCCUAUGAUGCCACUGCACAGACACACUGACAAAAACUAUGUGUUGCAUUUAAAACCAUUAUGGUAGAUUGCCACCACUUGAACCUGUGCUAUUUCAGUUGCAUGCAUUUUCUUUAUCUGCAUGUCUGGGAUUUAAAUACCCCCCCCCACACACACACACACACACAAGAGUCACUACAAAGAUGAGAGCGGGUGGCAGCUGGUAGUACUGAUGAUGGGAUGCCAGUUUUGAUGAUUGGUUAUCAGGUUUUCACAGCCUGUCCCCUCCCUCCACCCACACAUGAAAGCAGACUCUGUCACCAUUGUGUUUAAUACAACUCUAUUCUGUACAUUUUCAGCGGACGGAAAAAAUACCCACGUUUCUGCAGAUCAGAUCUGGAUUGGCUCCAUUUGCAGUCAAUAAGAGGUUUCUGUACUGCUGCAUAGAGCGUUUUAGGGUGUCGCCAAAGGAGCUGAGAGAGGAGUUUAGUGUCAGAGCAGAGACGGGUGAAAGAGAGAAAGACUCGGCUAGCUCACUGACAUGAUCUUAUACCAGCAGUUUAGAAGUUCCACUAAUAUGUGUAUGGAUAGAUGUGGUAAUUUCACGAUGCACAGCCUACUCUAUGCAUCAUGCCAGCCGUUAGGUUAUGCCCAUGAAUACACUGUUUCAGUGCACAGGUAGGUGAGUCGGAGUCUGUGUUGUGGUUCCAGAACUAAGCCAAGGGAAGGGAGAGGGAGAUAUUCAGUAUUUCAGACACAUAGGGGCGAGAGUGUUUUUGUCAUGGAGCUGAUGCAGCAUUUCUCAGUGUUAGACCCAGGAGCGGAGAGAUUGUGUUUUUAGGAACAGUUUUUGCCUGGCGCCCACUCAUUGUUUAGGUUCCCCUGGGGAAGUCAGGCACAAAUAUCAUACUGUACCCCCAAGACAUGCUAACCUCUCAGCAUUACCAAUAACAGGGGAUGUUAGCAUUUUUUUGGGGGGGGGGGGUAUGAUAUUUAUGCCUCUAACUUUCUCACUCAUCAUUAUUCACGAUUCCACAUUAAUGUAUACGUGUUUAGAAACAUAUUAUAUUCUUAUUUACAAUAAAAGUGACAGCAAAAUGACACAAUACAUUAUUUACCAAUUUAGGUACCAAAUAAUCUGAAAUACAACCAAAACAAACUGUAAAUGCGUCCAACAAGUUUGUAUAGUCACAGUCUUGAUGUAGUCUUUGCGUGAUAGGAAUAUGGGACCAAAUACUAAACUUUUGACUACUUUAAUACACAUAUAAGUGAAUUUGUACAAAUACUUUUGGUUUCCUAAAAUGGAGGGACUAUAUACAAAAAGUGCUGUAAUUUCUAAACAGUUGACUCAAUAUGGAUGAAAGUACCCUCAAAAUAAAUCUGACAGUCUGCACAUUAACCCCAUAGUCAUUGUAUAAUUUCAAAUCCAAAGUGCUGGAGUACAGAGCCAAAACAACAAAUAAUUUGUCACUGUGCCUAUACUUUCUGACCUAACUAUAUAAAGAGAGAUAGAAAAGAGAGCGAUAAAGAGAUACAGAAAGAUUAGCCAGAUGAAAGAGAAUGAGAGCGCAAAAUAGAGAUGAUCGAGUGAAAAAUAUUAAAAAAGACAAAGGGACACAGCCAUCUGCAGAAAUACUUCACAAAUUUACAAAUAUUAAUGUAGUAAAUCAACUGAUGAUAUGGAUGUGUUUCCCUCUCUCUCUGUCCCUAUCUCUGGGUCAGACAGACUUACCAGGUCCUGAUCGUCUCGGAUCAGUGGAUGAUGCAACAUGAUUCAGGGAAAAACUGCCAGCUGCCAGUGUGUCUGAUAAGCUGAGGAUACAGUUCUACACACACGCAAACAAACAUUCCACUCCGCACAUCUCCACAUCAAGUGGACAGGCUGAUUGGUUGAUAGUACAGCAUACUAAACUAAACGACAGCCUAUCCCCUGGGGCGUUACUGGGCAGAUCUGUCUGGAGAGGCUAAACCUGCUGAUGCAAGCGCUCCCUUCUGCAGAGAGAGAGAGAGAGAGCGGGAAAAAUGGAGAGGAAAGAGAGGGAGUGUGCGCCUGUGCAGGUCAUUUGGGAAUAAGCAGUGAUCGGCUCUAGCUGCUCUGUAUCAGGGACAGUAAAACUAUGUGUCUUAUAUCAUAGCUAAUUGCAGUCAUGCUGGGUCUCACCCAUUCCAUUAAAGCAGAGUGCUAAUAUAGCUUCUCUGUCUUCUUUAGCAAUGACAAAGCUCAGUAAGGCAGGCAGAUGCUGUAGCUGUACUUUAAGUGCCACGCCCUGCCUGGAUAAAAAUCCAUAGACUGACACAGGAUCCUUAGAUAGCCCAGAGCAACUCCCUAUCCCCAGUUAACCUCCUUCCAGAAUAGCAUCUGCUUACCAAUAUGUUAGAUAUCCAGAUAUACGGCAGUUUAGGUCACUAUGGGCUUUAGGUGAAAUAAGACUCUGCACCUACUCCAAUAAUCCAUGCUUGUGAAUGGACAUUGCUGUGCACAUUCUUUAUUACUGCCAUCUAGAAAUCUGUAACACUAUAUGCACACGGUUCCCAGAAAAAAAGUAGGUGUGUGUGUGAGAGAGAGCGAGAGAGAGAGAGAGUGUGUUGUGUGUGUGUGUGUGUGUGUGUGUGUGUGUGUCUUUGCCACUCAGUAUCUCAGUAUUGUUGCAUUCCUCUGUCUGUGGCCUUUGACAUUUGUCUCUCUGAGUCUCAGUGGGUAUCUCAUUACUGUAUUCUGCAGUCCCCCUCUUCUCCAUCACUGUUUAGUGGUAAUUUGGGUAAUGUACACAGUACACAGGUGUGUAUACUGUACAUAGUGUAUACUGUCUGUAUACUGUACAUGUGUAUACUGUCAGUAUACUGUACAUAGUGUAUACUGUCUGUGUACUGUACAUGUGUAUACUGUCUGUAUACUGUAAAAAGUGUAUACUGUCUGUAUACUGUACAUGUGUAUACUGUCUGUAUACUGUACAUGUGUAUACUGUCUGUAUACUGUACAUAGUGUAUACUGUCUGUGUACUGUACAUGUGUAUACUGUCUGUAUACUGUACAUGUGUAUACUGUCUGUAUACUGUACAUGUGUAUGCUGUCUGUAUACUGUACAUAGUGUAUGCUGUCUGUAUACUGUACAUGGUGGGAAGAGUUGAUAUGUGUUUGUAUAUGUAUGUAAGAGUAUGAAUUUUGUUACAGCCAAGAUUUUGGGUUCAUCUUUCGUUUUGUGGGUCUCAUGAUUCAAGGCUGUGACGGACGUGUAUUGCUGUGUGUGUGUGUCCAGCUGACAGUGAAGAUCCUCUACAUCUUUGUUCCACUCAGGACAGUCUGGAAGAAACCUUAGACAACCCCGGGGUUGGUAGGAUCUUCACUGUCAGCUGUUUCACUAUUUAAACUACAGUUAAGGGAAGAGGAGGGCCAAAAUAUUGAUCCACAGUAAACUCCAUCACCCAGAGGCUGUAAAGCCAAAGACACAGGCGUUAAAUUCAGCUUCUCCUCACUACAGCUGUGGAUGGCAUCCUCAUUCUUGGUGUAGAGACUAUAUCUGCUUCACAACACCUUUGUAACAAAGCAAGACUCUGAUCUCAUUUCUGACAUCACCACAUAUCAUACAAUUAGACAUCUUUACUGAACAUCAUGCUUUCAUAAGAGGACGUCACCUAUGACAUCAUGUCCAGAUCACACUGCAUGUUGUAUACAGUUGAAGUCGGAAGUUUACAUACACCUUAGCCAAAUACAUUUCAACUCAGUUUUUCACAAUUCCUGACAUUUUAUCCUAGUAAACAUUCCCUGUCUUAGGUCAGUUAGGAUCACCACUUUAUUUUAAGAAUGUACAUGUCAGAAUAAUGUAAGAAAUUCUAUUCAUUUAUUCUUCAUCACACCCAUGGUCAGAAUUGACAUCACUCAAUAGUAUUUUAUAAUGAACGGUCAAACGUUCAGUACCUUCCAAUCCACAUAAUGUUGGUGAAUUGAAUUCUCGAAGUGUUAACUACACGUUAGCCAUCAUUGUACCAGUUUUUCAUUCCAUGUCUAGAAUCAGGGAUUUGUGAUGGCCACUCCAAUACCUUCACUUUGUUGUCUUUAAGCCAUUUAGCUAAAACUUUGGAAGUAUGCUUGGGGUCAUUGUCCAUUUGGAUGACCCAUUUGUGACCAAGCUUUAACUUCCUGACUGAUGUCUUGAGAUGUUGCUUCAAUAUAUCCACAUAAUUUUCCUUCCUCAUGAUGGCAUCUAUUUUGUGAAGUGCACCAAGCCCUCCUGCAGCAAAGCACCCCCACAGCAUGAUGCUGCCACCCCUGUGCUUCACAGUUGGGAUGGUGUUCUUCGCCUUGCAAGCCACCCCCUUUUUUCUCCAAACAUAACGAUGGUCAACAUGGCCAAACAGUUCUAUUUUUGUUUCAAUCAGACCAGAGGACAUUUCUCCAAAAAGUACGAUCUUUGUCCCCAUGUGCAGUUGCAAACCGUAGUCUGGCUAUUUAAUGGCGGUUUUGGAGCAGUGGCUUCUUCCUUGCUGAGCGGCCUUUCAGGUUAUGUCGAUAUAGGACUAGUUUUACAGUGGAUAUAGAUACUUUUGUACCUGUUUCCUCCAGCAUCUUCACAAGGUCCUUUGCUGUUGUUCUGGGAUUGAUUUGCACUUUUCGCACCAAAGUACAGUCAUCUCUAGGAGACAGAACGCGUCCCCUUCCUGAGCGGUAUGACAGCUGCGUGGUCCCAUGGUGUUUAUACUUGCGUACUAUUGUUUGUACUGAUGAACGUGGUACCUUCAGGCGUUUGGAAAUUGCUUCCAAGGAUGAACCAGACUUGUGGAGGUCUACCAUUUUUUUAAUGAGGUCUUGGCUGAUUUAUUUUGAUUUUCCCAUGAUGUCAAGCAAAGAUGCACUGAGAUUGAAGGUAGGCAAUCUUCAACAGGUACACCUCCAAUUGACUCAAAUGAUGUCAAUUAGCCUAACAGAAGCUUCUAAAGCCAUGACAUCAUUUUCUGGAAUUUUCCAAGCUGUUUAAAGGCACAUUCAACUUAGUGUAUGUAAACUUCUGACCCACUGGAAUUGUGAUACAGUGAAUUAUAAGUGAAAUAAUCUGUCUGUAAACAAUUGUUGGAAAAAUUACUUGUGUUAUGCACAAAGUAGAUGGCCUAACCGACUUGUCAAAACUAUAGUUUGUUAACAAGAAAUUUGUGGAGUGGUUGAAAAACAAGUUUUAAUGACUCCAACCUAAGUGUAUGUAAACUUCUGACUUCAACUGUACAUGGCAGUUACGAGAAUAAUGAUUCCCACCCCUACGCUUUCCUCACUCAAAAUAUCACACUUGUGUUCACUCCCAGUGUUUUCCCUAUAUUCAUUUGGCAGAGGUGGCCGAUCGCUGCUGAAUUGUUUCCACCGCUCCAAAAGAUAUGUACUUUUUAAAAUAUAUAUAUUUCUACCGAGACGCACUUUUAAAUAGAUAAUUCUGGCAAUUAAGCCCAUUUUCUACUUACCCAGAGUCAUAUGAACUCAUGGAUACCAUUUUUAUGUCUCUGCAUGCAGUUUGAAGGAAGUUUCUAACUCGCGUUAGUGCAAUGACUGGAAGUCUAUGGGAACAGCUACCUUUGCCACCGCUGCUGAAAAAAAUCCUAGGACUCCCAAACAUGGCCCACAGGAGUCCUACAGUCAUGGGUUUUUAGACCAAUCACAUAACUGUCGAGACACUGGAAUAAUGACAAAUGGAUGUUUUGAACUUGAACACAACAUGGUCAAAUCCUCAUAAGAUCAUUAGUGGCAAUAUUUGUAAACUAUUUCUAUUGAUACUUUCAAAAUCUCAUUGUCUCCCCUUUCUUCUCAUAGGACCGUAAGCUGACCAAAGCAGAGCGUCAGAGGUUUAAGGAGGAGGCAGAGAUGUUGAAGGGUCUCCAGCACCCAAACAUUGUGCGUUUCUACGACUUCUGGGAGUCACCGGUCAAAGGGAAGAAGUGCAUCGUUCUGGUGACAGAGCUCAUGACCUCAGGGACACUAAAAACGUGAGACAAACACAACCUGCAGCAUCCCUCCCUCCCUAUCACACAACACUGCUGAGCUUAACAUUAAUCACAAGGCAGUGGUGGAAAAAGUAUCCAAUUGUCAUACUUGAGUAAAAGUAAAGAUACCUUAACAGAAAAUGACUCAAGUCAAAGUGAAAGUCACCCAGUACAGUAAAAUACUACUUGAGUAAAAGUCUAAAAGUAUUUGAUUUUAAAUAUACUUAAGUAUCAAAAGUGAAUGUAAUUUCAAAAAAGUAAAAGUAUAAAUCAUUUCAAAUUCCUUAUAUUAGGCAAACCAGACGGCACGAUAUUCUUGUUUUUUAAAUUUACGGAUAGUCAGGGGCACACGCCAACACUCAGACAUAAUUUACAAAUAAAGCAUUUGUGUUUAGUGAGUUCGCCAAAUCAGAGGCAGUAGGGAUGAGCAGGGAUGUUCUCUUGAUAAGUGCAUGAAUUUGACCAUUUUCCUGUCCUGCUAAGCAUUCAAAAUGUAACUUUUGGGUGUCAGGGAAAAUGUAAGGUGUAAAAAUUACUUUAUUUUCUUUAGGAAUGUAGUGAAGUAAAGUAAAAGUAAUCAAAAAUAUUAAUAGUAAAGUGAAGUACAGAUACCCCAAAAAACUACUUAAGUAGUACUUUCAAGUAUUUUUACUUAAGUACUUUACACCACUGUCACAAGGUCAGGUAUAACCUCCAAAACUGUUCUUAUGAAAUGGAAAAAUUGUAACUUUCCAAAAGGGGAAAUUCCACUGGGGUUAGGGGAACGUUUUCAUUGUAUAAAUUAGUUAAUCCACAGUUUGACAACUUAAUUGAGCAAACAAAUAGUUGAAUGAUAGUUGUUCAUUAUCAGAUGGAUUGUAAUGGUAGUGGUCAUAAUGACGAUGAUAGCGAUGAUGGUGACAAUUAUGAUGAUGACUACGAUGAUAAUCAUGAUGCUGUUGCUGCUGAUGGUCUGCUCUUUAUCCUCCAGCAGUGGAGGCUCCUCAGAGGAGGAAGGGGAGGACCAUCCUCCUCAGUAUAUUUCAUAAAAAUCUAAACAGUGAAACAUUAAAAGAGUUAUCCUUUUUAGAUACAACUAUACUAAAUAUAUUUAAAUGUCACCAAAUAAUUCAUUAAAACACACUGUUUUGCAAUGAAGGUCUACAGUAGCCACAGCAGCACUCUGUAGGGUAGCACCAUGGUGUAGCCGGAGGACAGCUAGCUUCUGUCCUCCUCUGGGUACAUUGACUUCAAUACAAAACCUAGGAGGCUCAUGGUUCUCACCCCCUUCCAUAGACUUAAACAGUAAUUAUGACAACUUCCGGAGGAUGUCCUCCAACCCAUCAGAGUUCUUGCAGCAUGAACUGACAUGUUGUCCAGCCAAUCAAAGAAUCAGAGAAUGAAUCUAGUACUGAAAGCAUAAGCUACAGCUAGCUAGCACUGCAGUGCAUACCAUAUGGUGAGUAGUUGACUUAAAGAGAGAGAAAGAUAACAGUUGAACAGUUUUGAACGAAUUCAUUUCUUCCAAAAUGAAGGAAGAGAGAGAGAGAGAGAGAGAGAGAGGGGGAGAGAGAGAAAGAGAUAGCUAGCUAUAUUUGGUUGUAUUUUUUUAAACUUUCACUUUCACUUAGCUAGCAAAUGCAGAUAGCUAGUUUAGCCUACUCAAACAGAGAGGGAUGCUAUGUCAGCUAGCUGGCUAUGGCGAUCCAACACUGGAACUCUUCCAAUUCAAGGUAAGGUUUUGUUAUUAAGUUAUUGCUACCGGGGCCCGCCGGUGUAAAUACUAAACUGCUUUCUGACUGUACACUGUACUGCAUUAUUGUAGUGGGUUUACUAACGUGUUAGUUCUAGUAGUUCUAAAUAAUAAAUAACUAUGACGUGACAGCGAUGUAGGCUGUGUGUAGCGGUUAGCGGUCAUGAUAUGAAGGUUUGACUUCGAAAGUUUUUUUUGCCUGGUCACAGACAGCUGAUGUGUUGUGCACUGAAGUCCACAAGCGAAGGGAAAAGGUGAGAGGAGGAGAGCGCAUAGAUAGUUGCGAGAAUGAAUUAUAUAUACAAUGAGCAAAGUGAUCAUGCUGUUUUUAUGUGGCUGCUAUGAAAGUGAACUGUUUGCGUGUGAUCAGGGGUGUAUUCAUUCAACCGAUUCUGUUUAAAAACGUUUCUUAAACAGAAAAAAACUGAACGAAAUGAGGAUAAACAUACCUGAAUUUGUCCAACAGAGACUCUUAUUUGCUGUUGGACUAAUGAUUACACCCUAGAUCAGCUAGAUGCAGGCAAGAGUGUGCAAGGCGUAUUGAAUGUGUCACUGUCUGUCAUCUUGAUUACUCAAAAUUCUCUCGACCUGUGCACUUACGCUGUAAACUUUAAUUCAUAGGCUAGGUUGUAGCAACCUCAUGAUGGGUACAGGGAAAAUUUGAGUAUCAUACAGUAGCCUAAACCUAUCAAUGUUACAUUGAGCUGGGUGAAUGGAAUAUAAAUGACAGUCAUCCAAUAUGCUGUAAUAGAAAUAAGGCCAUGCUCAUUAAAAAAUAAAAUAAUCCUCCCUCAUCUUAAACGGCACCGACCGCCACUGUCCUCCAGGUAUCUGAAGCGGUUUAAGGUGAUGAAGCCUAAGGUUCUGAGGAGCUGGUGUAGACAGAUCCUGAAGGGCCUCCACUUCCUCCACACCAGGGACCCUCCCAUCAUCCACAGGGACCUGAAGUGUGACAACAUCUUCAUCACCGGCCCCACCGGCUCCGUCAAGAUCGGGGACCUGGGAUUGGCUACCCUCAAGAGGGCCUCCUUUGCCAAGAGUGUCAUUGGUGAGGAAUUACACAUGCUCUUUCAUGCUCUGCUUGGAAGGGUCGUAAAUACAUAAUUUGUAAAAUGGUAUGGAAUCUAUACUGUAACUAUGCAAUACUUUGGCCUUGACUCCACUUGAGACCUGAAAGGCUGUUUCUGAAUUCAUUUAUCCUCUUUUGGAUGGGUAUACAGUAUGUGAAGUAGCUUAGCAUGUUCAUCAUACUCAUGUGAGUGUGUGUCAGUGUGUUAGGAAGAAAACCUUGUUUUUUUCUAGAGGAACACUGUAACUCUUGUGACCUUUGAUGUUUGCCUUCUCCCCUGACCUCUGUCCUCCCAGGCACCCCAGAGUUCAUGGCCCCUGAGAUGUAUGAGGAGCACUAUGACGAGGCGGUGGACGUCUAUGCCUUUGGGAUGUGUAUGUUGGAGAUGGCCACCUCAGAAUACCCCUACUCCGAGUGCCAGAACGCUGCUCAGAUCUACCGCAAAGUCACCAGCGUGAGUUUAGCGAGUCCAGCACAAUACUGUCUAUUACCCACACCAUGCCGGCACCUAUGUUUUUCCACUAGCACUAACUCACCCAUUCCAUCUCGAUCGCCAAUGUUUACUUACUAGCACAAACAGCAAAGCCAUAAAGAUUUAUAUUCAGUAUAUAGUCCAAAAGGUAACCACAGUGAUGCACGAUGAUACUGCUACUGCUUACAACAAAAACAUACAAAGCACAGAUACAGUCUACUACAGUCAUUCAAAUUAGUUAAAGUAAAAGACCAAAUGAAAUAAUAAAAAAUCAGACUCUCUGCCGCUUAUUUUUAAUAAUUGUUACAGUGUGCUUUUUGAAGUACAACAACAACCCAGAGGAAUUGGUGCAGAGGUUUAAAAUGAAGUUUAAUCAUCAAACUUUCAGAAAUAGUUUGCAGUUCUUUCAACAAUGAUAAAUAAGAUGUUUAUAACUUAUGGAGAGUAUGCCUGCGUUUCAAAUGGCACCUUAUUCCCUACAGUGCACUACUACUUUUGAUUUACUUUUGGUCAAAAGUAGUGCACUACAUAGUGAAUAGGGUGCCAUUUGGGGCAUAGCCCAUUCGUUUCUUCACAGGGAGCUUCCUGCCACAGCUUUCCUCUCUAGAGUAGAGUAACGGCAGCUGUAGCAGCUCAUCACUUCUCACUGGAGUGGAGUUAGACAACAUGUCACCGUGGGGAGUCUGUUCUUAAUGUGGUGUGACAUUUGUUAGCCAUCUUACUCCUGUCACAAAGAAUGCAGGUCGCACACUGUGUGUGUUAUUUGUGUGACACUGUGACUCAGUGCAAUAAUGUGUGACACAUGAUAUUCGUAGACUCCAGGACGAGUAGCUGUCACACCUGGGGAUCCAAAUAAACAAAUAUCUUUCAUAUUUGUCACCAUGAAGAUUGUUUUUGUUUUUCUGUCUGUGAGUGUCAGUGUGCGAAUGUGUAAUAUAUACCAUGAUAUUCUUAAUAUGUCAUACUGUGUGAGAUAUCACAUGUUGAAUAUACUUCCCAUCCUGAAUAUUGUUGUUCUUUGUGUCUGGCAUCUCCAGGGGGUGAAGCCUGCCAGCUAUGAUAAGAUCAGUGACCCAGAGAUUAAGGAGAUCAUCGGGGAGUGUAUCUGCCAUCGGCGGGAAGAGAGGUAAGUGGACCAAGUCAAGUCCAUCUGUAAAGUAAAGUAUGCCGGUACUGAGCAGGUACAGCGCAUGAAAUGGUCACAACCAACACAUACACCCAACACACAUGGGUAAAUCCAUUUCAAUUCAGUCACUUUUUGACAGCACCCCUUUUGAUUUGAACAAAACCUUCCAUACAUAUUAGCCCAUUGUAGAAGUGCUAAUAAAGUGACUUUUUGGACCUGAAUGCCAAAACAUUCAAGAGAUAGAGGUGCUCAAAGUUGAGGUAUUUUGCAUACCCCACCAUGCUAUGAGACAUCCAUGUCAUCAUUACUGGAAAAGAGAAACGGUUGAGAUUGAUAUCAUUUGAAAGCUUACAAACAGGGUUGUCAAACUAUUUAAUAAUUUAUUGGAAAAAAAAAGUAUUAAUAAAAAUGAUGACAUGUUUAAUAAAUUAUCUAAAAACGCAUUAACUAUUUUUUCUUUUUUUUUACCGAUGGCGGGCACAACACAAAAACGUAUGAUUAAAUAAAAAAUAGUCUAAGCUACAACAUAUGGGAAUAUGAAAAAAAUGGAUGUUAAAAGUACAAAAAACUACAACCUUUAUUUCAAAAAGUAUAAAAUAGUUUGACAACCCUGUUUGUAAGCUUUCAAAUGAUAUCAAUCUCAACCGUUUCUCUUUUCCAGUAAUGAUGACAUGGAUGUCUCAUAGCAUGGUGGGGUAUGCAAAAUGGGUCAACUUUGAGCACCUUUAUCUCUUGAAUUUUUUGGCAUUCAGGUCCAAAACGUUCUGACCACUUCUUCCAUGGGCAAACAUGUAUGGAAAGUGUUGUUUAAAUCAAAAGGGAUGCUGUCAAAAAUGUAUUGAAUUCACACACAAACACAGUGUAUGUACAGUAGCUAUUGGUUGUGUUUUGUACUGUUGGUUUGUACUGUUCCUGUCCUGAGGUAUGACUUUGGUGCCAGUAUUUGGGUCUGCUACAGAUGUAAGAUCUUAAUUUGAUCACUCUUUUGUUGCUGAGGAUUUUCCUGUAAAGCAGGAAAUGCAAACUUGUAGUGUAUUUGAGUUUUAAAAAGGCUUCUAAAUUAAACUACAGGUACACCAUAAAGGACCUCUUGAACCAUGCCUUCUUUGCGGAGGACACAGGCGUGAGGGUGGAGCUGGCUGAGGAGGACGAUGGGAAAAAAGAGUUCCAUCGCCCUGAAGGUGUGGGUGGAAGACCCCAAGAAGCUGAAGGGGAAGUACAAAGACAGUGGUGCCAUC